CCCAGGCUGGAAGAGGAAGAUCAGCCCUUGCAGGAGGGAGGGCUGGCAGUGUCUGAGGCAUUAUCCUGCAUCAGCAAUGAAACCCCUGCGCCAGGCUGCAGGCUGGGGGCCCUGUACUGGGCCUGUGCCCGUAAUGACCCUGCCCAGCUCCAAGCCUUGCUGGAUGGUGGGGUCUCCCCAGAGGAGGCCACCCAGGUGGACGGCAAUGGGAGGACAGGCCUCAUGGUCGCCUGCUACCGUGGCUUCAGGAGUGUUGUGGCCCUGCUCAGCCACUGCCCUUUCCUCGAUGUGAACCAGCAGGACAAAGAAGGGGACACGGCCCUCAUGCUGGCUGUCCAAGCAGGCCAUGUGCCCCUGGUGAGUCUCCUGCUCAACUACUAUGCGGGCCUGGACCUGGAGCGCCGGGACCAGCGAGGGCUCACGGCUCUGAUGAAGGCCGCCAUGCGGGACCGCACCGAGUGCGUGGCUGCCCUCCUCAUGGCAGGUGCAGGUUGCUGUGCUGGCCUCCUGGAUUCCAGCUUCAACGGAGUGGGACUCUAUGGUUGUGCUGACCUGACAGCUGUGGACCCUGCUCGGGGCAAGACAGCCCUGGAGUUGGCGGUGCUGACCGACAGCUUCAGCACAGUGCAGAGGAUCCGGCAGCUCCUGGGGAGGCCCCGAGUCGAGCAGCUCAGCCAGCAUUACCAGCCUGAGUGGCCAGCCUUGGCAGGACUAGUGGCCCAGGCCCAGACUGCCCCAUCUCUGCUAGAGCGACUGCAGGCCACCUUGAGUCUCCCCUUCCCUCAGUCUCCCCAGGAGGGGGGUGUCCUGGACCACCUUGUGACCAUCACAACCAGCCUGGCCAGUCCCUUCCUCACCACUGCCUGCCACACCCUGUGCCCUGACUGCCCACCUGCACUGGGCACCCGAAGUGUGUCCGUGCCAGAGCUGCUGGGCACUGCCCCGCCCCCUCCCCUGGCCCCCCAGUCCUCCCCAGUAGUCCCUAGUCCCCAGGUCCUCGUCCCCUACCAGAGCCCUCAGGGCAUAUUGAGCCUGUGCCCUCAGUGGCUAUGGCCCAGGGAUAGUAGCAGCCCUAGGCCCCAAGCCCCCAGGAUCCUCCUCUCCAAGGCACCCUGGAGCUUCAGCCAGCGCAAGCAGGAACCCAAACCUGGAGGGCAUUGCAGACUGGCCCUUCCUGUUUGGCGCUACCAGGAGCUCAGGAUGGAGAGGAGGAGGCAGCAGGAGGAGGCUAGGUGUGCACAGAGCCUGGGGAAGAUGGGCUAGGCCGGGCUGGGAGCAGGUUCUCAGGCCC